AUGGAGGAUGUCACAGUUGACAUUGGAAGGCCACUGAACGCUUGCAAUCUGAAGAGCAUGGGGGGGAUUGAGAAAGUUAGGGUGAAACCCUCAUUAGAUACCUCCUGGGAAGCACUCAAGGAUCAUAGGAAGAUUCCAAAUAGCCUCUACCUCUUCUCCAAGAUUAUUCCUCCAGAGGUUGUGGCACACUAUCUGAAGGAUCUCGCAAGCCAAGGAGUUGACAUCUCAGAGUUCUCUGUGGAUUGGCUGCCUGAGAAUCCACCAAACUUCAUGAAGAGACAACGAGAACCUUCUGAGAAGUCAAAGAAGGCCAAGAAAGAAAAACUGGGGGAAACUUCUGCGUCCAAACCUCUGGUCCCUUUGAUCGAAUCACCAAUUUCUGAAGCUGAAAUGGUUAACGAACCUAUAUCAUCAAUCUCCUUCACACCUUCAUCUCCACCCUACUAUAUCUUAUCAUUUGAUUCAGAACCCUGUGACCCUCAAUCCCCCCCACUAGCUCAGCUUCAGGCACGUGCUCUUGCCUUACAACAACAACCUGAACUAGAAGCUAACACUCCACCACCUGAGCAACCAGUUCCACCACUAUCUGAACAACCACAAACACCUCCAUCUGAACAACCACAAAAUCCACCACCUGAACAACCCACAACAUCACCCUCUGAUACUCCCAUCAUACCACCCUCUGGAAACAUUAUCAUCCCUACCUCUCAGACUCCCGUUGACACCAACCAAACACUACCAACAUCCCCAUCCCCCGACACUGAACUAGAAACUACCUUCCACACCCUAGAAUAA